AUGGCCCGCUAUUCACCUUUCCCGAUAAACCUGGACCCAGUGAAAAAGCUGCCAGUGAGGACAGCAGUAGCGGUGCUGGUCACUGUAGUGUUAUUUAAAUAUUUGUUCAGCUGUCCGUGUGUAAGUCCAGAGGAGACCGCUCUGCACUGCUGGCUUUACCUGCUGCUACCCGUUGGCAUCAUGUUUUUCAUGCUGCUGCUAAUGGACACCCAGCUUCUCAAGCUGUGCCAGUGCUUUGUGUGUAAGUGCUGUGUGCGGGGAGACAGGAGAUGCUGCAGUGCCAGGCUGGAGUGUUGCUGCUGUGCUGAUGGCUACUGUUACCGACCUGCCACCUGUGGAGAGGAGGCAUGGUACCCCUGCACUUUGAUAGGGAAACAUGUGCUCAGGGUCAUGUAUGCGGCGGGGCUGUGGGUGGUGGUGGCAUUCCUUGAUGGAGACUGGUACGUGUGUAUUCGGACAGUGGUUGUAAACGGGACAGGGGAACAACUCGCCUGCAAGGAGCUACCAACUAAAGAAGAGGCAGAAACUCUGAGAAAGUAUGACAGUGAGUCAAGGAUUAUUGGUUUAUUCUUUAUCCUGGGCUUUUCCUUCCUGCUGACAGUGAGUUCCUUUAUCAGAAUCCGUUGGAAGCCAUACUACAGGUCACUUUUUGAGGUGUACCUGGAGCAGGAGACGGUGGCUAUGCUGGAGGAAAAGUUGCACCAGCAGGCUGUGGAGAAGGCCAAAGUUCUUAGUGAACAUGUUUCACACUGUGUUCAGAAUCAGCAUGAGAACAAUGACCAGGGAGACGGACAUCACUGCCAAUACCAACUGCUCACACAGACAGAGGAAAACAUGUGGAGGACAAUAUCACAUCCAGCAUUUCACCUGCUUGGAGUAAGGAUUCAUCCCUGAACACGAGUCUAUAUAAAUCUUCACACAUCCAGAGAAUGUUGUAGAUGUUUCAUUGGAAUAAA